GUUUCUUAGAUGGAAACCCUAAAUGGGUAUAUUCUGGAAGACAAAGAUAUGCAGCCUCUGCUCCCACAAAAACUCCAACCACUCCAGACAAAUCAUCAACUUUCCAACUAAAUCACAAGCCACUGACAACGUAUUCCAGUAAAAGCCCUUGCUCAAUGACAGAAAGAUUGGCUGGAAAAUUACGUGCGAAGCUGAAGAAUCAGACCUCAAAGAAAGUGUCAGACAUCCGAACACUAGGUUACUUGCAAAGCUUGUUUGGAAAACAUGGCAGUGGGUUGGAAUAGUCUACACUUAUGUCUUCCUGGUUGAUCAACAAUCUUCCAAGUUACCAUAAGGCUUCUUAGGGGACUUAAACUCACAGAAGUACAAUGUAUCAAUUGAGUACUAUUGGGUUCCCUUCAUAGUGGAGUUUGAUUCAUACCAUGCAACAUCAUACUGUCUUGAGAUGACUGGUGAACCUUGCUGCUAUAACUGAACAUGGCAGGAGCUAGGAAAGAGUUGAUGUGUUGGUGGUUGAGAGCUAUGUCUAAUGGAUCCACAAGUGUAACAAGCCUGAGAUCAAUGCUAUGUAAGUUUUCAAUUUUUUAUUUAAUGUUUUCCAUUCCAUCCAAUUUCUUUUGGUUUUUGUGAACCUUGCUACCAUAGCCAAGCAUAGCAGGAGUUAGGAUGGAGUUGAUGUGUUGGUGCUUGGAGCUAUGUCUGGUGGAUGUACAAGCAUAUAGAACAAGCUUUGGAUAAAUGUUAUAACCCUUCAAGGCUUUCACCUCUUCGUCCAGAACCAGUUGCUCUCAACUAUGGUUAUGAUGCAAAUCAUGAUAUCCCUUUUGCUACAGUUACUAGACCCAGUUUUAAGAGGAAAGAGAGGGAGAUUGGCCAUGGCAGUUAAACUUAACCAACAACAGCAGGUAUAUCAAAGAGAUUGAACUUGUGAAACAUGCAAACUUUUACAAGUUUCACUCAUUUGUUUCUUUUGGGAUAUACAGCAGAGUAAGUGAAGAGGAGAGAAGAGGCUUUAGCAAGAGAUUGGCCAUCACUUGCCCCAGUUGUUCAUAAUGAUAUUGAAAAUGAUAUGUUGAUUUAUUGACAAAAGUUGAUGUAUAUUGCCCUUUCAUCAUUCUUAGGAUUGGUUCUGUGCCUUUUUUGGAAUGACAUUAACUACGACUGCAGCAUGCAUCAAAGGGAAGGAUGGAAGCCAUGCGGUAAUGAGAACUGCUUCAAUGAGACCUAUCCAAUCCAACAAGCAUCAUACUGGAGAAUUGGAUCUCGUCUUGCUAUCAUGGAGACAGUUCGCAACAUCUUACAAGAACUAAAGAUCAACCAUUAUAGUUUUGAACAAAUACACAAUUGUCAGAAUAUCAAAAAGAUGGUUCAUUUAUCCGUUUAUGGUGAACAAAAGGAAAAAACCCUUGGCAGGAGACAAAGGUUUGACCCUAGAGAUUUUGCUGAUUAUGUUUUCAUUGGCUCUUACCAGGACUACGUAACACAUGGAAAUGAGAUUUUUUUUUUUGAUGGUCAAUACUAUUGAGUAUUAUUUCAUGUCUCAAAAAUGAGGAAGGUGUAAUCAAUACAGACUAAGCCA